UCAUCUCCGGCGGGGGUUGAAGCUUGGGCGGACCUUGCCCACUUGGCGCGCGCGCGCUGGCGGCGGAAGUUCCGGAGCGGUCUGGUGAGCUCCAGACUGAUUGAGUUUUCUUCAGUCAGAAGCCGGUUAGAAAGCGACCGGGGAGGGAAGAGGUGUGAGCUGUUGAAGCCUCUAUUGGUGUAUGUGCGGUAACAACAUGUCUGUCCCCCUCCUCGCUGAUGCUGUGACCGUUUCAGGGGCAGAGCGGGAGACUGCAGCGGUCAUUUUUUUACAUGGGCUUGGAGACACAGGGCACAGCUGGGCUGAGGCCCUGUCCUCCAUCCGGCUCCCAUAUGUGAAAUACAUCUGCCCUCAUGCGCCUAGGAUCCCCGUCACCCUCAACAUGAAGAUGGUCAUGCCAUCCUGGUUUGAUUUGAUGGGUCUAAGUCCUGACGCUCCUGAGGAUGAAAGUGGAAUUAAAAAAGCUGCUGAGAACAUUAAAGCAGUGAUCGAACAUGAGAUAAAAAAUGGGAUCCCAGCCAACCGUAUCAUCCUGGGAGGCUUUUCGCAGGGUGGCGCACUCUCCCUCUACACGGCGCUCACUUGCCCACACCAACUGGCUGGCAUUGUGGCCCUCAGCUGCUGGCUCCCCCUGCACAAGGCCUUUCCUCAGGCAGCAAAUAACGGCAUGAACAAAGACAUCCCCAUUCUGCAGUGCCACGGGGAGGUCGACCCCAUGAUCCCAGUCCGCUUCGGAGCCCUCACUGCCGAGAAGCUGAAGGGCAUUGUGACCCCGAGCAGGGUCCAGUUCAGAACCUACCCAGGAGUGAUGCACAGCUCCUGCCCUCAGGAGAUGAUGGCUGUGAAAGAAUUCAUUGAGAAGCUGCUGCCCAGGAUUUAAACCGAGCUACUCGAGACUGUUGCAGGGAGAGGAGAUGGAGGUCACCACCUGUGACCUUUAACCCUUGACCUGCCAGCUGCAAAUGGGAAGCCAUGGCAAUCCACCUCCACUUCAGCUGGUUUCUUUUCUCUGGCCUUUUCCUUCCUCCUGCACCGUCCCCCUCCUGUGCAAAGGGAGGGGUACCCUCCCUCCUGUACAGGGAGUGAAGGUAUGGAGCGGUUUUAAGGUACAGCUUGAGACCGUUAUGUGGCUGCCUCCUUGCAAAUAUACUGUUUGGGUCACCUGAUUUCAGCCUUUCCCUGCUAUUCCUCCCCCCCUCAACCCUACACAAGUGCUUGCUGUGGCAAUGAACUGGUGGUAGCCAAAGGCUACACUUACAAAGGUAUUAUGAGACUGUGUUGUGCACUCUUACAGUAUUUGCAGGCAGUGUCUGCAAGGUAUCUGAGCUUCCGGGCGGGGUUGCCACCGUCACACCCACCGCUGCCACCAUGCCUCCCCUUUGCCUGCAAAGUAGAGCCUGAGCCUGUCCUGGCUUACGUCCUGCUGGAACCGCCUUAGUGGAGCAGGGUGGGUCAAGGCCCCCCUCUCAAGCUGCUGGUGUGUGGCUUUCUCUGGGCUGGGGAGGCAGAAAAACUGCUCCUGCCCCACCCAGUUGCUCAUUCCCUAGAGCUCUGUACCUUAAACCCUGCUCUGCGAUCCCAUCAGCACUGUCGGGCGAGAGGAGGAGUGGAAUGGUGCUGGCUGGCUGGCUGGUUGGCAGCAGGGCAUCACCCAGACAUCUCCUGGGCCCGCUUCUCUGCAGACAUCCACGUGCAGCUAUUCAGUGUGCGCACAACUGCCAGGCCGUGCUGGAGUUCCCAUUGGUUGGGGCACAGAGGUGGGGGAGGGGCUCCCACCUCCCCAGGAAUUGCUUCUAAUGUGUGUUCUUUUUUAAAAGCUCUGUUUCUUUCUUCCUUUCUUUCCAUCUGUCUUUUACAGUCAUCUCUGCCAUGGUUCUCCUCUGGCACACUCACUUGAGUCUACCUUGCUUUAUCACUACAUGGAUAAGGCAGUGUUUGCCCAGAGGGAGCUGGACACACAGCAGGCUCUCUGCAGCCUCCUGGGCAUUAUACCUCUCAGAAGGACCCACCGCUGCCACUCCAAACCGCCAGCAGCUCCCCCUGCAGCCGAGGCAGUGCCUCAGAUGCUGUUGCUGGGACGCCCUGAAUGCCUGGCUCAGGGCAUCUACUUGGGUCCAUUUCCUAUCCGGUCCAUAUCAAGUAGAUGCAAGCUGGCUUUUUGUGGGGUGGUGGGGUGCAGCCUCCCUCUUUUUUCCCGCACCCCCGUUAGUAGAUUUGCCAAGCGUGGAUCCCUUUCCUAGCCCUGGCGGCUGGCAUCUUUUGGGGGCUCUUCCCUGAGUCUUUUGUCUGUCUGGUUUUUUUUGCUUCACAGCCCUUCCCUUUCACCCAGGGUAAGUCUCUCAUGCUCAGUUCUGGCAGGAGGCUUUUCUGUGGACAGCAAAAGUUAUCUCUCUGCCCUCCCCCCAGCCACUUCCAUACCAGAAUUACCCUCCUAAGUGGGCUGACACCAGUGCUGACAGCCAGGGACAGGAUCUAUCUUUUAAAGGAGCUUUUUUCCUGCUUCUUGUGAAGGGCUAAUGUUGCCUUCCCCAUUCUCCUAGUGUGUUCCUCGUUGCAUGGGCUCACUCUGCUCACUUCCUUCCCCCAGCACCACAUGAUCCUUGUGGUUGAUAGCAGAGGCAACAGCAAUGAAAAGGAGUGCUGGGAGAGCCCGGCAAAGGGGAAUACGACCAUCUCCCUGUGGGAUACGUGCUGCAUCCCUGCCAGAGCUUUCAACACAUUACGGCAGCCCUCAAAGGAAGAGUGGUGGCGGCUCUCCUUCCUGCUUUCAAUGCAAGACUGUCCUGUUUGCCUUUUGAGGAGUGGCUGUUGCUGCCACCUGAGCUGCUGCCACUCCCCCCCCCCAGUCUGCUGUUUGCUGACCGUGGGGCUAAUUUGGCUUCUCUCUGCCAGGUGAAAGGCUUUCCCUGCUAAGAAGAAAGCCUCCAGUUUAGGGUUGCUCUGUCUUGGGCACAAGGAGAGGCCUAACUCCUUUGGACAGUACCCUUUUUAGCAGCUUGCCAGCUAGGUCCUUCUUCAGGUUGCAGAGACUUCCCAGAUCUAGUUAUGUACAGGGCCAGUCACAUGCCUUGGUGCCAAAGACACUCACAUUCACGCAAGCGGAAAGAAAGGGGGUGGCCUGUUUGGAAUGGACUGGAGCAGUCUGCAUGGCCUCUUCAUCACCAGAGAAGCAGAAAGCAAUAAUGCUUUCGUAAACUAAUUUACGUUAGACCCAUUUUAAAGGAUCUGCUUAAAACAGCAAAGGUGCCUGUUGCUUGCUCCUUGGAGGUUUUGAAUCCUGUUAUUCUGCUUUGUAUUUGGACUGCCUAAUGGGUGGAAGAUCUGUGGCCUGGUCUUGCACCUGCAGCAGAAUGAAGUGGUAGAACCCUGAGGUGGUAGAGGUGGCUGUCCCACUUAAUGAUUCCAAGGUGUGCUUAUGUGCACCAUUCACGUAAGAAUCAGAUCCAUGUAAUCAAAAUUGAAGACACAGCACAUCAGAGAGAGGUUCUUACUUAGCCCUCUCCUUGCCUGCUGGCUUUCUUCUCGCAGGGACCUGUGUGUGUGUUCUGGGAAGCGGUGCAAGUCAUGUGGCCGUCCUGCUCCCUCUGCGUUCUGUUGUAUUGGCUGGCUGCCAGGCCUGGCUUCCCUUCUCUACCAAUUGAGCGUGGGUGAGCAAGCAGGCACGAGGGACCAGUCUCCUGCGCUUGGGGUCUGGCUCGCUGGCAGCUGCCUCUCUCCGCCUCUCUGGCCACGAAUUGGAUUGUUUUGCAGAGGAAUUACACAGAUAAGUGCCCCGGCCUCUGCUGCCACCACCAUUGUGACUGGAUCAUCCUCACAGCAGUUGUCAAAGUGGCCUGCAAGUCAUGGGUAUCUCUGGAGGGAAUGUGUUACGAAUAUGGAAGCCAAGGAAAAUAGUGGCUUCUCACUGUUCCUGCACGUGACUUAACUUUCUUCUUCUCCUCCCUCUCUCCUUCCCUUUUGUCGUCCUCAUACCUAGUUUUUAUUUUUGUGUUCCACCAAGAUUAAACAAACACAACCACCUGUGCCUCACCUUGUUCUUUCUUCAGCGUAGCCAAAAUAUGUGUUUCUCCUGCAGUCAUUAAGUGUUUAAUGCACUGUACGGCUCUUGUUUAGAUGAGUCACUAGCCUGUGAAGUUAGUAGACCAUAGAUCAGGGGUAGCUAAUCUGGAGCCUUGCGGCUGGUGUAGACCUACAUCUCCCAUCAUCCCUGAGCAUUGGCCAUACUGUCUGGGGCUGAUAAGAGUUGUAGUUCAGCAACACCUGGAGGGCCACAGAUGAGCCACCCCUGCUUUAUUAGAUCACCUUCUCUCACAAGACGGGCAGCAGGGGAAAGAGGACCUGUGUGGUCUUCAUGAGUAAACCAGGAUUUGAUGAGCGGUAUUCUCAGUAUAGGCCCAAAUAACGAUAACAAUACAAUAAUUCCUGCAAAACGGAACAGAAAUUACUAGCUUCUAUUCCUAGAGUGCAGUCUGUGUCCCACAGAUGUGUCCUUGUCUUUCAGGAAAAUACUUGUGUUUUUCUCCCUUCUAAAAUAAAAUAAAAAAAAAGUCCUUAUUGCUACACACACAAAAAGCCUCUACAGCCCAAACUGCUGGAUGGCUCUGAAUCCUAAAGUGUAUGUUGUGUGGGAGGAAUACUCUGACAUCUAGUGCUUGAAUAUUGUGUGUAUAAAAGGGCUUUAUGUAAAAGGUUUGAGUAUAAGAUGUUCUUCCAUUUAACAUCAGUUUAGAUCUGUUUUUUGGGGGAAAAUCCUUCUAGUUCAGUCGCAGCCAGCUCUACCAUUAGGUAGAUGUUAGGGAGAGGGGAGCAGCUGCAAGGUGAUGGGAGGACAGAGCUGUGUGUGCACCAUGUGCUCUGCCCUGUACUUCUUCAGCUGGUCUGCUACUCCAUCUUGUCCCGUGGAGAAUGCUAGCAUUGGAGUAAGAUUCAUCUGCCACUCUGGUCAGUUUCCAUAGGUGAAACGGGGUGUGUACAUUAUUUAAUUUUUCAGGCAGCUAAAUCUCUUGGGCAGAGCUUCUCCAGAGGCUCGUAGUUUAUUCUGUGGAA